AUGUUGCCUUCUUUGAUCCCUGCUCUUACCAUCGAUGAAGAGCAAGACACUGCAGUGAUUUCAUCCACGCCGUUUCAGCUCACCCCAAUUGAGGAUCUUACUCUCCAAGCGCUUUUAAACAGACUAGGAUCAAUGUUCGUUGAAAGUCUGUCCAAAGCAAACAAGUUCACUGAAGACAGAUAUGGAUCCGUUCCUCGAGUUUAUAUUGUCUGUACUGAGGAUAUAUUGCUUUCUCCGUCGUUGCAACGCUACAUGAUUGAACAAAAUGAGGUUAAGGAAGUGAUGGAGAUUCCUGCAGAUCAUAUGACAGUCUUUUCUAAGCCUAAGGAACUCAGCCAGUGCAUACUGGAGUUGGCACAAAAGCACGCUUAG